GCAUAGCGGCUCCCCCCUCCCAUCUCGCGCCUUCCCUCUUGUCUCUCCUCGAACUGCUGCUAGCCAUCGGUGUGUGUUGUUGUUGAAGCAAUGAUGGCGGCAGCGGGAUGCGGAUCAGCAACCGCGGCUGCCGUAGGAGGCCAAGGUGGAACCGCUACGGCCAGAGGUCGUUUCCCCGGUCGGCCUUGGUCGUCACGUAGUCGUUUGCGCUCCGAGAAGCGUUGGCAACUCGGACGAUCAGGCUUAGAAGCUGAAGAUGUGACUAACGGAGGGCCAAGGCCCGCAAACCUGGUCCUAUCGUUAAACGAAGACCAGUCUCACUUGCGCUUACUUGGAAUAGAGCAGAGCCACCAGAUCCUUGGCCAGGCUGGAUACAGCUCUAGUGGGAGUGAAGAGGUGAGGUCCCAAACCGACCCAGGAGGAGAUGACUUUAGGGGAUUUGAAGCUGAGAGAAAAGGCUCCAAAGGACAAAACCCUUCCAAAGGUGAUGCUGUCAACACAAAAUCCAAACGACAAAGUGAGAAGCCACCGCUUAAAAUGCCAGCAGUGAAAGCAGCUAUCACCCCACCUGACCUGACACAAGAUGCUACAUUUUUGGAGGAAAUACAAGGCUUUUCUUCAGAAACAGAGCCUGCAAAAGAAUGCAGAAGAGGUUCGAAAGGAAAAGGCAUUAUGGGUCGUCAGUCCGCUAAAAGCGGAGCUUCAUCAGCAGCACCAAGGAUUACUAUAAAGUUGGUGGCCAAAAAGAAGAUGAAAACUGUAAAGGAGCCUCAUUUAAAAUCUGCAAGGAAUUUUAAGAAGAAAGGAAUUCAGGAUCAGCCUAUAGCCAAGGAUAUUCAGGGUGACCAGAUUUCAAGUGCUCAUGUCAAAUUAAAAAGUGAACCGGAUGAGGAUAUACAUGGCACUGAAGACAAAGGAGGAGGGACUAUACUGGCAAGACGGCGAGGGAGAUCUGCCACAAAGACAGAGCCUGUCUGCCAAACGACAGCCAAAGCUGUGGUUGAUGACCAGGUGUCAAAAGAGAAAAAAUCAGCAGAUCAAAUUGAAGCUGCAAAGGAGAGAGGAACUUUUGAGCCAAAAACAAAUGCAAAGACUUUAAAGCAUAAGGACAUUUUGACAGAGCAAAGUCAAGAUGUUAAUCAACCAAUGACUCGAAGGAGACGUAGAGUCACUACCCCUCUCUCUAAAAAAGUCUCAGACAGUGCAGCUGAACCAGAAAGUCUGAAUAAAAAUGACAACAUUUUGACAGAGUCUCCAGAUGAAGUUUCUAAAACAGUUCUGGAGGCUAAAACACCUGCUAAAAGUGAUGGAAGAAGGCAAAGCAAGAGGCUGAACAAGGAUGUUACAGUGCCAGAUACCCAAGGUCCUCCAUCCAUGGAGACGGAUAGUUUAGCUGUACAAUCCAGCGAUGGCUUGUCCUUGAAAAAGGAGGAAACGCCGGUCCCAAGUUUAAAGCUGAUGAAGAUCAGGAACCCAAAAUAUGAUGCGCAGGCUAGCGGGAAGAACUCGACCAGAAGGAAAAAGCGGAGAAAAUUUAUCUGGACUCUAACAUUAGUGAAGCAAAGUCAGACACAAGAUGCAAAAAACACUUUAAAGGUAACAGAGAAGACUGCCAGCAAAGUGGAUCAGUUGACUGUUUGUGAUGCCAUUAUGAGCAAGAGCUUAAAGGGGAUGGAUACAAAACCUAAACUGGAUACCUCAGCUCCACAAGAGAGUAAAAGCAAGGAGGAAAAAGAAAAGAAUGCCCAGAAGAAGGCUGAUGUAUCACUUGAGGAAAAGUCCUCUUUGCAGGUGGAAAAGGAGGUAGAACAAAUCAAUGAAAUUCCUCUGCAAGAAAUGACUUUGACGGAUUGUGUUAAAGUCCCACCUCUUCAGAUCAAAAAGGUCUCCUCUCCUGGUAAACACAAAAGCUCAAAGCCAUCAUUUCUAAUACAGCAAGUCAGUCCUGUGUCCGAAAAGAAGGAGGAUGUUCUAAAAGAUGCCAGUGAAGUUAUUGAGGAAAAACCAUCAUGUGUGACUACUGACGUCACACCAACCAGGAGAUUGAGAAGCAGGACACCAAGCCUAGAUUCGCUACUGACUAAAUCUGCCAUUCAAAAACCAGGUACCACUCAGAAAAGGAGGCAGAGAAAAAGUCCACUGGAUGAAGUGAUGCCGCUGGUGCACGUCGAGGAUUCAUCUCAGGCUUCAGCUGAAGAUUCCAGCUCACAUGGUCUUCCUAAAAAUGCCGGUCAGCUUUCAGUAGAGGACACCUCACUAGGGACCCCUUUAAAUUCCUCUGAAGUUCCUCCUCAGGACUCCUUGGAUAUCACUGAUGUUGUCUCGCAGGUGCCGGCUGAAGUGUCUCCACAGAAAGUGGAGAAUGAGGAAGAACCACAGAUCAAAGAGGCCAAACCAUCACCUGUGCCUUCUAAACCUAAAAGAUGUAGAAAUAAUAAAUUAAUGAAAAAGAAGUCUAUUCAAAAGAAGAAGCCUGCUGUUUCACCUAAAACUGCUGUAGAGACAGAGUUAGCUACCAUUGAAACUACUGUCACAGAGUCUGUCCUGAAGGAAGCUAUUCUGCCUUUAGUAACAGAGGAAAGUCGGUCCGAAACACAAGAAUGCACCCAGUCUGAGGCAAAACAGGACGCCGUGUCAGUGGAAGAAGAGCAGAUACAGCCACCAGUUAAGGAGGAAACAGACAUUCAGUUGAUAGAUAGUCAGCAAUCUGUGGUGUUCGAGAGUCAAGCAAGUGAUCCAAAAACAUUGUGCCUGCAAAAGAAAUCUCAAAAGAAAGUGAAAAAAAGGCGUAAAAGUCUGAUCGGGCAGCGUCAGAAACACAAGCACAGGAGCAGAGAUGGGAAAUUCGCUCCACUUAAAGGAUCGGAAAACAGCCCCAGUAUGGCAGAGUCAGACGGUGACAUUUCAACUUCAUUGGCAGAUAACACACUGACCCCAGGCUCCAAACUUAUUGGAGUACAGAAAAGAUUUAAGAAGAGGCAGACAGGCCUACAUUUUAUUGGGUCUAAGAGGCCCAAACCACAAGCUAGAAUCAUAUCUGAACUGUUAGAAAUGGGGCUGGAUGAGGACAGUUUCAAGCAGGAAGAAUCAGACACAUUAGUGGACGCUGGACGACCAGAUGUUGCAGACACCCAGCCGGGCAAAUCCAAGUUCAUCAAAAACAUCAAACAUUUCAUCAUGCCUGUUGUAAGUGCCAGAUCCUCCCGAGUGAUCAAGACCCCGCAAAGGUUCAUGGAUGACGCGGGAAUGUCUGUGUUGCCCAGAAGACACUCCCCAAAGAAGGGAUUACAGCUCGGCUUGCCAAUGCGUCCGGGAAAAAAGCGAGACGAUGGGACAAGCAGGCCGAUAUCCCCUAUCCUGCCGGUUGACGAGGAGGACAUAUUGAGUGAAGCUCAGUUGGAUGUGGAUCUGUUUUCAGCUCAGGACCUGGAUGACGACAUUGAUUUAGCUGACAGCCUGUUUUCUGAUAGAAAAAGCAGCAAUGUUGAAAAGAAGAAGGCCUUUUUGAAGAACUCUGGCUUCAAGUGGCAUCUGGCAGAAGAGUCCAGUGAGGAGAUGUUUACACUGGACAAAACCCUAGAGAGCAAAAGUGAGGAUCUGUUUUUAUCUACACCCUCUGUACUACCUACUGACCCCCUGGAUACUCAGAAGAAGAAAAAUACCCACAAGUUUAAUAAACAAAUGGCUCACCUGAAGAUCUAUCAAAAGCUAAAUAAGGCACACACAGGCCUCCCCAAAAGCAAAACCCCAUCAGAGCCAGAUUGCGUCAGCAAGCAUCCUCAACCUCCCGUAGACUUAGCAGAAGGACUAGAUGAUGAGGCCAAGAGCAUCAGCCUGAGGCAGAGGAAUACGAACACAGAAAAGAGCAAAUCCAAGCUUAAGAUAGAAGACCUUGAUUCCCCUGGAGUGGUGAGAAAGGUUUCUGUGUGUGUAAGGACCAUGAAAUCCAAGUCCCUUACAACUCAGCACGAUAAAGAGGACAAUGUUGCAGCGAAAGACAGUGCACAAGUUCCAUCUGGAGAACUGCAGUCAGAACAGACCUCAGGGGCAGGUGAAGGCGAUUAUCUGGGAUCUGUGGAGAAGGGAGCUUCACAAAGGAUGCGCCUCACUGGUGCAAAUAAAAGAAUGUUCAAUCUGCACAGGAAAGCCAAGGUCCAGCUCAUUAAGAUCGACCAGCAGAAACAGCUUAAAUCAUCAGGGCUGUUGUCUGGCCCGACUGGUGCCAGGUCACGAGAUGUGACCUCCAAGAGACAGAGGAGGAAGCAGCGAGCUCAGCCUGAUGUACCUGUAAAGACAGAGCCUCCUCAAGGACAACCGCAGCUCAUCUCCCCGCUGUGCCAGGAGUUCCGUAGAGCAGGAGGUCCACGUAUCAAACACGUGUGUCGUGCUGCAUCUGUGGUGCUGGGGCAGCCCCGAGCCUUGGUACCGGAUGACAUUCCCAGGCUUAGCGCCUUGCCUCUGCAUGAAAGAACCGGCAUCUCCCCGUCAGACGUCACUAAAGAUGUUGGGUCUCCCUCUGAGUCAGACAGUCCUGGCCUGUCCGAUCAAAAGGUCACUAAGGUCAAAAAGCCGUCAAAUUUUGUGAAGCGGAAAGGACUUGGGCCAUUCGGUUAUCGCUCUCGCAGGUGUGGAGUUUGCAAAGGCUGCAACACUGAGGAUGACUGCGGCAGGUGCAUGAACUGCCUUGACAAGCCCAAGUUUGGUGGUCCCAAUACCAAACGACAAUGUUGCGUGUACAAGAGAUGUGAUCAAAUUGAAGAGAGAAAGGCUCGCAGGCUGAGUGGAAGAACAGCACCCAAGGGUUCCUCCAAGCGACGGCGAUCCUCUCCCAGCGGGGGUCAUUCGAGUAAUGACGAAGGGAACGAUGGGGCUGCAGACUCACCAUCUGGUCUCCACGGUGAUGGCAGCAGUCCUUCAGUGCGGAAGCAGCCAAAGCGAGUUGUGAAACCCAGAGUCUACUUCGACCUGGUGGACUACGAUUCUGAUCUAGACGACAAAGCUGUCCAAAACUCUGCAUCACCUGCCAGGAAAAGAGGCGGCGGGCCUCGAUUUAGUCAAGAUUUUGUGUCCUUGGACGGGUUUCUUGGAGACAUUUCGGACGAGGAAAUCAGGCAUCGGAAGUCCAGCUCACACCGUGUACCAUCUGGCCGACGUAAACCUGAGAAGGGUCCUUUGGAGCAGACGCCCCCCAGCGUCCUGGCUGCCCUGGCCCAUGGGUUUGAGGAGAGAGAUGUUGAGUCAUCUAAACCUACUCACAAAAUCAGGGUUGAUUUCAAGGAGGACUGUACCUUGGAGAAUGUGUGGAACAUGGGUGGUUUGAGUAUACUGACCUCGGCACCACUGAUGCCACCCUAUGUCUGCUUCCUUUGUGCCAGUAAAGGGCAACAAGAGAUGCUGUAUUGCCAAGUGUGCUGUGAGCCUUUCCACCAGUUUUGCCUUGAUCCAGCAGAUCGUCCCUCAGAGGAGAAUAAAGAAAACUGGUGCUGUCGUCGCUGCAAAUUUUGCUACGUGUGCGGUUGGAGAAACAAGCAGCUCAAGCCGUUGUUGGAGUGUGAGCGAUGCCAGAACUGUUAUCACACGUCCUGUCUGGGGCCAAACUAUCCCAAACAAAACAAGAAGAGGAAAGCUUGGGUUUGUAUGACAUGCAUCAGGUGUAAAAGUUGCGGUGUCACUCCUGGGAAAAGUUGGGACACUGACUGGAACCACGAGAAAGGACUCUGUCCUGACUGCUCAAAGCUCUAUGAACUGGGUAACUACUGUCCAAUCUGCUUCAAGUGCUACGAGGACAAUGACUACGACAGUCAAAUGAUGCAGUGUGGUACCUGUAACCACUGGGUACACGCCAAGUGUGAAGAUCUAACAGAUGAGCUGUAUGAGAUCCUGUCCAGUUUGCCAGAGAGCGUAGUGUAUUCAUGUCGGCCGUGCAGUGUGACUCAGCCCAGUGCCUGGAGAGAGCUGCUCAACAUCGAGCUCAGGUCCGGGGUGGAAAAAGUGCUCGCUUGCCUGCUCUCCUCCACGCUCACCCAGCAUCUUGUUACCUGUUCACAGUGUGAGAAGUUGGUAGAUCGUGACAGUGGAACAGAAGGACAGCCUGCCUGUGACCUCCGAGCUGUCGGCAAGAAGUUUGACAAAGGCCUUUAUACCACGUUGAAAAUGUUCCACGAAGAUGUGGUUCAGGUCGUACGAAAGAGGCUUGAACAAGAGGAGGAUCUUCCAGAGGAGCAGAGACUCACUGCCUUGGCCCGCUCGUACUACUUAAAGCUCCUUGAGGAAGUAUUUAACUGGUUUAACAGCCAAGACCCAAAGGUGUGGAACCCCUGUACCAAAGACUUGCCCAUGGGUAUGCUGUCGCAUGCUGUUCAUCCUCCCACAACCGAGCAUGUUUACGCGCAGUGGCAGGAGAGAGAGGAGCUCCCCUCAGCGGCUCCUCUGGGGGUCCUGCAGGAGGACAACGGACAAAGCUUAGACGUAAAGGAAGAGGAAGCUGUUUCUCCGAUGUCUGGGGAGCCAACAAGGAACCACUUCUAUACCAGCAGGGCUGUGCGGCUUAAAUUCAAAGGGAGACGGGGCCGUCUUUCAAAAACUGAUUUCGACACUGGAUGGUCCAAAGAUGAUGAGAGACAGUGCUCUUUGUGCCAAAAAUAUGGAGACCUUAAACCUAACGAAGCUGGCAGGUUGCUGUUUUUGGGCCAAAAUGAGUGGGCACAUGUCAACUGCUGUCUGUGGUCAGCUGAGGUCUUUGAAGAGGACAACGGGUCUCUACUACACGUGCACAGUGCUGUCACAAGGGGGCGCUUAAUGCGAUGUGAGCGCUGCAACCAGACGGGUGCCACAGUGGGCUGCUGCCUGACAUCUUGUCAAAGUAACUACCACUUCAUGUGCGCACGCUCCCGUCAGUGCGUGUUCCAGGAUGAUAAGAAGGUUUACUGCUACAAGCACAGACAUCUCAUUAGUGGCAGGAUGAUAACUGGUCAAGAGUUUGAAGUGAACCGCAGGGUGUAUGUGGAUUUCGAGGGGAUCAGUCUGCGUAGGAAGUUCUUGACUGGGCUUGAACCAGAAUUGAUCAACGUGAUGAUUGGUUCCCUUCAGAUAGACCGACUGGGCAUGCUCACUGAACUUUCAGCUAACAGAGGAAAAUUGUGUCCCGUGGGUUUUCAGUGUUCUCGUUGGUACUGGAGUACAGUGAAUCCAAUGCGUCGUUGCAAAUACACAUGUAAAAUUCGAGAGGUCCGUCCUGUUGUCCCCGAGAAGCCUGUGGAGGAGAUGCCUUACCAAGGAGAAAACCAGACCAUCGCUCACAGCCCCUGUCCACUGCCUGAAGCUGAAGCCCCAGAGAUUGAUAUAUUAGAGUCCCAAACCCCAAUGGAGGAAGCCUCUGUCCCAGGACUUCCAAGCAAAUCAGAUCAUGGUGCAAGGCCAAAGAUUCCUAGCUAUCCCCAAACCAGGAGACCAGCUGGAGGAAUGUCUCGACCUCUGCCGUCACCAGGACUAGUCCAGGUGAAGCCCCACCACAUUUUAACCAUAAGUGAUCUGGAGGAGACUCGAAGGGUUCGUCGGCACAGCCCGCACACACAGACCACAGGCCCCCACGGUCACAUGUCCCCCCCUCAUCUGGGUCCUCUGAGUGGACCAAUCACCCUUCGUGCUGGGAAAUCGUCCCUUCCCACCUCCCCACUGUUCCCACCAGGUGCUACAGACAACCUGAUGAAUCCCCCCUCGUCCCGCCAAGUCGGAGGUAGAAGUGCUUCCUCGGUCCGAUGCUCUGGAAAUACUAUAACACAUAGUGCCUCGUCUUUCUUUCCUCAGUCUACCUGGCAGGACAGUGCAGGAGGCUUUUCCUCUCCAGGUCUGUCGUUCUCUUCAUCGGUACAUCUACCCAGAAACCGCUUGUCGUUCGAUCUCAGUCAGCCAGACUCAGUAGAGGUGCCGCACAACUUCUUAGCUUCACCAGAGCCUGAAGAUGUCUCUCCAGCAAACGGUACAUCACCCCAGGAGGACUUAGACCAGCAGAAAGGUGAGGAAGACUUCUCCUAUGGUUCUUUCCACAAGGAUCCAAGUAUGUGUCUUGGCCAUGAGAUGAGGACAGAACUGGAGAUUGAAGAGACGCUCCUUAAUGAAGGUGUGGCUAUGAACUGUGGGGGGCAGAUAGUGGUGGAAGGUGAUGAUCAAGAGGACUUUUGGGGAAAACCCCCAGAGGUACACAAGAGAAAGGGUCUUGUUGCCAGUCUGCCACGAUCUGCAGCCUCAGCCAGGGACGACGUGGGCAACACCUCCUCGGAUGAUGAUAUGGAGCAUUAUUUCGACUUCUCGCGGACAAUAGUCAGCUGUCCAAGCUCAAAAGAUCAUUCCAAGUCUCCCUCCUCACCUUCAUCCCGGCCUUUGGCUCAGCUGGACGGCGUGGAUGACGGAACAGAGAGUGAUGCGAGUAUGCUCACCAACGAUGAUGCUCAGAAAGUUGAAGGUUCUCGUCCUGCUCAAAUACAAGCUAAAAAUCUAAACAACAAAAGUAUCCCUGAUUUGGAAAAUCCAACUGAUAAACAGGCCGUCCAGAGUCUGUCCCUGGAAACAUCAUCCAAUGAUAAAAUAUCAGCAGCCAGCAGAAAUCCUACAGAUAGUUCACCUCAAGACCCACAGAAGUCUAGAAACUCUACGCUCGUAGAGGAAACAUCUGAUCAUCUUGUGGUGAAACAGGAAACCGUGCUUCCUGCUUCAGUUCCUGCUCUUUCUAACAUGCUCACAAAGGUGCCUGAAAAAUUGUUGUCAGAGGAGCAAGAAUCCAAUUUAGCAAAUGCCUCUGAAACGCCUCUCAUUCUUGAGGGACAUGAGUCCAGUCCGCAUACAACCAAGAUGUUAGAUGCCCAACAGUCAGAUGUUUGCAAACCCCCGAGCUCAGAGCCCGGCAGUAGCCACUCAGUGUCACCAGAGGGCUCUACUGUGUCACAGACGAACCACUUACCAGCAGAGGAACCCUCAUCCGUGACUGCUGCAGAAAAAAGUCAGGGCCUGCUCGAUCUUCUUAAGCCCUCCACUUUAGUGCCCACAGACACACAAAACCCCCCUCAAGGCCUCGGAGACUCACUGCAGAUGUAUUCUUGUAUACCAGGAAUAAGUCACCCGCCUUCUACAAGCAUUACACUUCAGCAAGUAACAUCAGAAGAGUCAUCAAGCUUCCCCUCCGCAGAGCCAACCAAACUAACCACCCUCACUCCAGUUGGAGACAUGACACAAGCACUGCUGAAUGUUGCCCCACUGAAUGAUCCGGUGUUGUCAGCUACGCCAGGCACCAGUUUCCCUACAGGGACCUGUAGAACCGUCUCUCUACCUAUCAUCUCCACUCAAACACAGCCAUUGGGUUCUACAGGCGUUACAAUUGUUUCGUCCUCUGCGCCAAUACAGGCUCUUUCUGGACUUCCAAUGCAUGUUUCAGUAGCUCACACGCCAGUCCAAACCACUUCAACCCCGGUGAUCUUGAAUGGUUACAGCUCGUCAACGCUGCAGAAGGAUGUUUCAUCUGGUCACACAAUCUCCAUCAACUUUUCAACACCCAGACCCACACCAGAACCCCAACAGCCAGUAGUUCACCCAGCUUUGCCCGGGCACGCUAUCCUCACUGUGAAGGAGGUGGGAGGCCCCAAUGUGGAUCCCACGCCUCAUGUCCUGCUGGUCAACCGCCUCGGGCAGAUCUUUGUGAAAAACCCAGAGAGCAACACCUUUCAGCUUCCUACCCCCAACUCCCCGUCCUACAACUGUGUCACCCAGAUCGCCAGCCUCCUGCAAAGCAACGCACUGUCAGCCACACUCGCUGCAGCUGGGAAUUUCAGCUCUCCAUUGCCUGGUGCCAACGUAGCUACAGCGGGUCCUCCACCGGUUACACCUGUAGCUCAGAACCCAACCACAAUAACACAGCUGCUGACUCACAACAGCAACGGGGCAGUGGCUUCAGUUAAUGUGAAGAAGCAGAGAAAGACUGCUAAACCACCAAAAGAUGAAGGUGCAGAAGUGAAGAAAACAAAGAAGAAGAAAGAGUCCAAUGCAAGCAGAAAAUCCAAGUCCUCCAAGAACUCAGGGCAGUCCACUCUGUCAACUGAGACUCCUCCCAUGACCCCUGCCGAAAGUGCUCAAGCAAUUAUCAACCAAGCAAUGGCGAGUAACUAUACCCCUAAGUGGAGCGGGCUACAGACACUGAGCCCUUCUUCCCUGGUUCUUCCACCUGGUCUUCUGAUUGAACCGGAGCCCCCAGCGUCACCUCGCAUUACAUCACCUACACCAGCACCAGCACCGGCUCCAGCGUCCCGCCCUCGCACCCACGUCCGUAUGAAGAGGGUGUCUUCACUUUCCGAUCGCAUUGUCACAAAGAAGUCCAAGGUGGACUUCCUGAAACCAGAGCCCAUCAGUGAGGACGAGGAACAUCGCAGACCCACCUUUCAAAGCAUCUCCAGCAGGGCUUCAGGAGUCCGCAUCAAGACCCCGACAGUGAAAGGAGUGCUGAACCUGGAUGAGCUGAAGGAGGAGCAUAUAAGUGAUUCUGAGAGCUCAGGAUCAGAGCCUUGGGAUUACAUGCCUUCAGGAGGUCAGGGAGAACAUGGCAGUCAGCAGGCUUGGGAACCAGUGGGGCACAGCACCCUGACGGAUUGGAAGAAAUAUUCUGGUGCUGCAUCUACAUCUGAUGAUGAACCACUGUCACCUGAUGAGGAUGAGAAAGGUCCAGUUAAUAGAGACCAGCCACACUUGAGAUUUGAAAUAACCAGCGAUGAUGGUUUCAGUGUAGAGGCAGACAGUAUUGAGGUGGCCUGGAAAGCAGUCAUAGACGGGGUGCAGGAGGCACGAGCAAUCGCACGCUUGAGACCGUUAACAUUUCAGAGGAUCACUGGAGCUCGUAUGGUGGGUCUGGUCCAUGAUGCGGUGGUGUUUCUACUGGAGCAACUCCAAGGAGCCCAUCGCUGUCAGCGGCACAGCUUCCGUUUCUUCAAACAGUUCAGUCAGGAGGACGACCUCCCUGUCAAUCCCAGCGGCUGUGCACGCUCUGAGCUGUACCUUAGGAAAUCAACAUUUGACAUUUUUAACUUCCUGGCUUCUCAGCACCGACAGCUUCCUGACAUUGGGCCUUAUGAUGAUGAGGAGGAUGAAGUUCUUUUAAAGUCUACACGACGGGCCACCAGUUUGGAACUACCUAUGGCCAUGCGCUUCAGACAUCUGGAAAGGACAUCCAAGGAGGCUGUUGGGGUGUACAGGUCUGCUAUCCAUGGGCGUGGUCUGUUCUGCAAGAGGAACAUUGAAGCAGGAGAGAUGGUGAUCGAAUACGCUGGCAUCGUCAUUCGCGCAGUUCUCACUGACAAAAGGGAGAAGUACUACGAUGGCAAGGGGAUUGGCUGCUACAUGUUCCGCAUUGAUGACUUUGACGUGGUGGACGCGACCAUGCACGGCAACGCAGCGAGAUUCAUCAACCACUCCUGCGAGCCGAACUGCUACUCCCGGGUGAUCAACGUGGAGGGUCGGAAGCACAUCGUCAUUUUCGCCCUGAGGAAGAUCUACAGAGGGGAGGAGCUCACCUACGACUACAAGUUCCCCAUCGAGGACGCCAGCAACAAACUCGGUUGCAACUGCGGGGCCCGGCGAUGCCGUCGUUUCCUGAACUGAGGCGUGUUUCUUGCAAGGAAAAGAAGAGCAGCCUCUUUACUAGUAAGCCUUAAAUGAAGGUGGCACUGGAUUGGGCUUGGGCAGUGAGCAGUCUGCACAGCAGGGGAAAAAGCCACUACGAGACUGGUCAGGAAGAGGUGAAAUGUUGACCAUUUGGGGGAUUUGGAAUAGCAGAAGAGGAGGGGACCUGCACAGAUAAUGCAUUAACUCGUUCACAAGGUACUUCUGUUUGUAAAGAAUCCAGAUGUACAGCUGGAACAGCAGCGUCACCACAGAAAAGGAAGUGGUUUUAUCGUUCAUGAGAGCAAGACAUUUAAAUAGAAACUCACAGUGAGGGGGGUUUCUCAACAGAGUUUAUUCGAUUAACACGUCAAGCCUUAUCUGUUGAAUAAUUGUUCAAAAAAACAUCUGUUUUAUUCAUUUCUGAGGAGAGGAUCUCUGUCUGUGGUACACUAGUGAUGAAGAUUGCUCCAUCCUCCAGUUUGACACAUUACAGCCCUCUCCAUGUCGCGCUGAGGUCAGUUUAUGAGCCAUACAUUUACCCAAACCUUCGUUUUAUCUUAAACUUCACACUUCUCCUGUUGUAGAUAUUUUGUUUUCCUUUUUAAGAUUUUAUUUUUUCACGAAUAACAAAACAACCAUGGUGCUAAGCUUUGAAAAAAACAUCUUUAAAGUCGUCAGUUAAUUCAACAUGUUCUGUAAAUCAGGAAUUUUUGAGCUGUUAAUUCAUCCUGCUGAGGCCGUUCUUCUUAAAUUCACGCACUCAAGCAGCACUGUCAUGAUCAUCAGAAAAUAAAGUGUCUUCUUAGUUUCACACUUUACAUCAUGGGUUAGCUAUUUUCAGCCGCACUAUUCCUGAGUUUAGGUUUAAAUAGUGUUGUAAAGUAACGGUUUAAAUCAUUAACAAACAGUGUCAUAUUUCUAAAGACAGAGACAUGUCUUUUGUUUGUUUCUUGAUGUACAGUGUAUGUAGCAAACACUACCCAAGCCAAAAGUGAAGAGUUGUGAUGAAUAUCAGUUUUUUUUUAAUAUAUAUUUUAUUACUGUCAUGGCAGAUGUGCAUUACCUAUUGCAAUAAGACUUUGCUAACCUAAAGUUGCACAUAAAUAACCAUCAAACAUUCAAAUUAUCAACAUCUUUUUGAUCCUGCUACAGUUUAUCUCUUAAUCAGGGAAAGCACUGGUAAAAAGCAUCGCCACUGACUGUGUGUGUUCGGCUCCGGCUCCAGGUUUAUCGGGAACACAGACUUUUCUGAAUGUUGCUGUUGCAGAAAACGUUCAGUCUAACAUGGGGCUGGGAGACGCACUCAGCACCUUAUAAUGACCUUUAAUGUUGUUCUUAGUCAAUGUUCAGUGCUGUCAUUGAAAAGGCUAAUCUAAUUCACACUGUUCAAAUUGGUAGUUCUAUUUAUUCAUGUUUUGAUCUUUAUUUUUAAUGGUAAAAGGUUGUGCUUUGUAAAAAUGGUGGCGGUCUAGUGUAUCAGGAGAUCACCCCCGUAUAUAUCCUUUUUGUUCCCUCUUUUUUUUUUUUUUUUUAAAUGAUGUCCUUUGUUUCACUAAUUUACUUGAAUUUUCUUUAGGGGCAGUUCUGUCAUGUAUUUAAGCCUUCCUGACAAAUUGUUCCAAAGCAGGUAUUUUUAAAGAGUCCUUUUUUUGUUUAGUGGUAGAUAACUGACGGUCUUAGAAUCAGCCACAGGACUGAAGUGAGCACUGUUGCCUCCCCAAACCUUGAUUUGUCCCCUUUCUCUUCAAACCCUGAUUUCCAUCAUGUUUAGUCUUCAUCUUAAUCCUCUUUCCUUCUUGCAUGUCCAAUCACUGGGGUGGAGCCCAGGUAAACUUGUGUCAAUCAUCCAGCUGACAACAAGAGUAGAGUCACUCCCAACUCCUUUGCAAGGAUUCUACCUCAGCUGUUUACACAGAUGUUUGGGAAUACUGAUGCAAAAAGAGAGGAUGAUAAUUUAAGAGUGGCUUGGUUUUAAUGUCCUGCAGAACUAGUGUGUAUGUGUGAAUGUGAAUGUACGUGUGUUUGUUGGUCAUCUUGUGUGUGUGUUUGCAAUGAAGGAUGCAAAGCACUAGUCAAAACCUUAAGUUAUCAUGACCAUCUCUCCCAGAAUCUGUUAAAAAAAGCUGUAUGUUAUAUAUACACACAUAGAUAUAAAUAUAAAUAACUGAAUCUAUAUAUAUAAAGUAGGGUUAUUUUAAAGUAAGUGUAUAAAAGACAAAAAUGAGAAAAUAUGUGAUCUUUAAAUUUACGUCUUUGUUACAAUGUACAAAUAAACCUUGAGUUUGUAAAUAUUUGUAUACAUAUUUCUAAACCUGUUUAAUUUUUCUAUGCACUUUUUUAUUUAUAAUGUCAUUUGCUUAAUAAAGAUGUUAAGAUGUUUGAACAAUUUCAUUUUUAUUAUAAAGAGUCAGAGUAGAAAAUGCGUUGGUAAUGUAAAGCAAUAAACAUGUAUGUUUAAAGAGGCUUUUUUUAAAAAAACAUCAGGCUUUUAGAAGUGAUUUUUUUGUGUAAUAUUCAAUAUAUCAUGUACAUUUAUAAUGUCAAACAGUUGAUACACAUGUUGUAAAAAAAAAAGAAAAGGAUAUGAAUAAAUCUAAGAGCUGUCAUGUACAAGG